AUGCUUCGAGGUAAUCAUAUACGAACUUUCAGACCCAAGUAUGGGAAAUCUUCUGGAUUUUUGCCACUUCCAGCUUCAGUUAAUAGAAUGAAUGGUUAUCGAAAGCAUUUGGUACCAUAUAUUCUAGUCUGUAUGAUUUUGAUAUUUUAUUUUUUGAAUCCAAUAGGUUACUACAAACAAUGGACAAGCACAGCAACACAUAACUAUCCAGCGUCUCAUCCCUUGACUAGCCCCUAUGUCAUCGAAUCAUCUUCAAAGUAUUUAUUUCCACCGAUCGAGCAUGCACCUCUUUUGAAACAGCUUACGCCAAAAAAAUUAGUCAAAGAAAACAGGAUUAGAGACGCAAAUUUUCCUGAAAUAGAGAAAAGUUUCAUCCAAUCCUUGAACAUUGAAGAUGACCCUGAUCCAAUUAGACAAAGGAUUAAAGAAGACGAAGAGAACGCUCUUUCAGAUAUUGCGAGGGUUAAAAAUACCUUUAAAAAUCAAGAUAAAUUGGUUUAUAAGCCAAAGUCAACUAAAAAUUACCCAGAUGUUGUUAUUGUAACGGCUGUAGAUUUUGAGAAGUAUUCUCUAGAAGGUUUGACAAAAAUCGUUCAGAAUAGAGUGGAUUAUGGGCAUGCUCAAAAUUAUGGUGUUUAUGUGCGCUGGUAUCAAGAAUUUUUACCAAUCUUGCAUUCUUUCAGCUACUUACAUGUGAAAGAGAAGGCCAAAUGGGUAAGACUUUAUUGUCUUAGAGCAGCAAUGUUUGCUUUCCCAGAGGCUAAAUGGUUUUGGUACAUCGAACAAGAUGCGCUUAUUAUGAAUCUUCAAAUUGACCUUGAGCAGUACCUCCUAUCUCCUGAAGCUUUGGACCCUGCAAUGAAGAGAGAGCAGCCUAUCAUACCUCCAGAUGGUGCGAUUAAGACAUAUAAAAAUCUGCAGCCAGGAUCGGUCAAACUAAUAGUGACGCAAAAUGAGCUCAUGAUUGAUUCAAGCUCUUUCUUCAUCAAAAAUGAUGUUAUUGGAAGAUCAAUAAUAGAGUUUUGGGGAGAUAAACUUUACUUAUUAUACCAAAACUUCCAGUAUGGUCCUGAUUCUGCUUUGACGCAUAUUUUGCAAUGGCAUCCCUUCUUUUUAAGCAAAUCAACAAUUAUUUCGGCAAGGUCAAUUAAUUCGUUAGCAUACAGUUUAGAUUUAUCGGAAGAUUCGAAGAAGCAAGAUCAAUAUCACUAUCAAAAAGGUGACUUUGUAGUUCAAUGGACUGAUCAAGAAGACAUUAACAUGUGUGAAAAAAUUCUAUCUCAAUACUAUUCUAUUCUUAAAGGCAAUUAA